AGAUCAACAAACAUGGACACAUCAUCACUUGACAAACUUGCUUAUACACAAGAUGUGGUUAUUAUCCAGUUCUAUAUUCCAAUUAUUGUGAAGUGUACUGGUGAAGCUCCUGAACAUGUUACAGUUACUGUACAGUGUAAUGGAACUGAUAGCAGUACAACUUACCAAAUAAGGAAUAUGAAUGAUAUAACAGGAUUAAUAUCAGUGCUGCUAAAUCAAAAGUGUAAUAUCAGUAUUGUUUUUCAUAAUGAGGCUGGUAGUAGUGAACCAUUUAUAGUACCAUUUGAUACAUAUCCCAAUAUCACUAUUACUUCUACAACACCUACAACAUCUACUACAAGAUUACUUGCUAUCAUUAUUGCUGGGCCUGCCUCACCAGUACUUCUUUCUAGUGAAGCAUAUGAAUGCACUCCUAAACUUGAUAGUAAUCCUUCUUAUGAUGUCAUACCUACUAUGAUGUAA